AUGGCUCCGCUUCGUUUCUCGGCGAAUCUGUCGUGGUUGUUCCCCGAGCUCCCCGGCCUCACCGCGCGGUUUAGGGCCGCGGGCAGCGCGGGCUUCGAGGCCGCCGAAGUGGCCUUUCCGUACGCGGAGCCUCCGGAGGCGCUGGCGCGCGCCGCGCGGGAGGCGGGACUGCGGCUGGUGCUGAUCAACACGCCCCCGGGAGACCCAGAGAAAGGGGAAAUGGGGCUGGGGGCCGUACCCGGGAGGCAGGCGGCCUUCCGAGAAGGGCUGGAACAGGCUGUGCUCUAUGCCAAGGCUGUGGGCUGCCCCAGGAUUCACCUGAUGGCUGGCCGUGUACCCCUGGGUGUUGAUCGAGCAUCUGUCAGGGGUGAGAUGGAGAGAGUUUUUCUGGAGAACCUGAGGCACGCAGCUGGGGUUUUGGCUCAGGAGAACCUCGUGGGACUGCUGGAGCCCAUUAACACUCGCAUCACUGACCCCCGGUACUUCCUGGACACCCCCCAGCAGGUGGCAGCCAUCUUACAGAAGGUUGGAAGACCAAACCUCCAGUUACAAAUGGACAUAUUCCACUGGCAGAUCAUGGAUGGGAACCUGACAGGAAACAUCCGGGAGUUCCUGCCCAUUGUUGGACAUGUACAGGUGGCACAGGUCCCAGGCCGGGGGGAACCUGACAGCCCUGGAGAGCUGAACUUCCCCUAUCUAUUCCAGCUGCUGGAAGAUGAAGGCUACAAAGGCUUUGUGGGCUGAGACACCAUAGAGGGCUUGAGGUGGCUACGUUCGUACUGGGACAGGCAGGGCUGCCCACAGACUGGCCAGUGAGGUCCUGCACACCACCCACAAGCCUCUGGGACAGUGAGCAUCCUGUGUCUCCUUCUCUAAAUUAAAGACAACCUGCUGAA